CAUCCAAAAAAAAAAUUGAAAAAUACUCCAAAUCUAAAACCCUUUCUUCUCUACUUCUACACUUCCUAACCUUCCACUCUACUCUCCAAAAAGCUUCCCCCUUUUCUCCCUCUCUCUCUCUCUCUCUCACUAUCUCUGCAACUUGUCUUCCUUCACAUUCUAAAACUUUUGUCUAAUUCUAAGAGAAAAAAAAAAUGAGGGGUCCUUUGGGGGCAGUAAUAGGAAGGUACCCAUCAAGUGAUGGAACUACACAAAUUGGAGGGAUCAUUAAGCACAAUAGGAAAUGUAGAGAUGUUGCUUUUCUUAUCAUUUUUAUAGCAUUUUGGGUUGCUAUGAUUGUUAACUCUAGCUUUGGGUUUAACCAAGGAAACCCAUUAAGGCUUACAUACGGGCUGGACUACAAAGGGAAUUUAUGUGGUGAUGAGCAUGCAGAUCCUAGCCUUCGUCAGUUGGAGCUCAAGUAUUGGUUGAAUCCAAAUCAGGUUUAUCAAAGUGGUGUGAAGGACAGCCAAUUCAAAUUGUCUAAUGCUCGGAGUAUAUGCUUGUUGGAUUGCCCUAUUCCAUCAGAAGAUUCUCUCAAUUGGGUCUGUGAUUAUCCGGAGGGGGAUAUCCGCCUCUCAAAGGAUGACUGGAUCGAUAGAAAUUAUGAUUAUUUUGAAUUCCUUACACCAGAAAUGAGAAAUGCUUCUCUUCAACUUCAAGGUCCAUGUUACCCAGUUAUAUUUCCAAGUGUAAAUGUUUACUGGAGCUGCCAAUUCAUUGCUCGUGCAUCAAACACAUCUUUGCGCCAUUGGCAACAGAUGGGAGGAGUGAAUAUCAAUGAAGAUAUUGUAAUAGAUAAAUCCAUUCACAGCUUCAUCAAUUCUCGGUCGUCUGUCUUAAAGCGUUACAUGGCUGACAUUGGAAAGUCAUGGCCAGUAUUGAUAGUUUGUGGAGGGCUGCUGCCACUGUUUCUGUCAGUAAUAUGGCUGUUAAUGAUUCGCCAUUUUGUUGCUGCAAUGCCUUGGUUCACAGUUGCCCUCUUUAACAUUCUCAUAAUCACAGUUACGAUGUUUUACUACUUAAAAGCUGGAUGGAUUGGGAAUGAUGCCAUCUCCCCUAUCAUUGGUGAGCACGACCCAUACAUACAUGUUUUUGGACGGGAACUAAAUCAUCUCCGUGCUGUUGCCAUUCUUAUGACAUUUGUUAUGGUUGUUUCCAUCCUAACAUCAAUUGCAAUUGUUCGCCGCAUCCUAAUGGCAACAUCGGUCCUCAAGGUUGCUGCAAAGGUCAUAGGAGAAGUUCAAGCACUGAUCAUUUUUCCAAUCAUGCCAUAUGCAGUUCUUGCAAUUUUUUACAUGUUCUGGAUAUCAGCUGCCCUGCAUCUGUUCAGUUCAGGUCAGGUUGUCCAGAACAACUGUAAUUCCAACUGCUGUGCUUAUGAUCUUGUGUCGAAAAAGGUGAAUUGUGAUCGUUGCUGUGGUUAUAGCAUCCAUUACACCCCUCAUAUUGCUGUUGCCAUCUUUUUCCACCUGUUUGGGUGCUACUGGGCUACACAAUUUUUUAUAGCAUGCUCUUCAACUGUGAUUGCGGGUUCUGUUGCCUCUUACUAUUGGGCUCGUGGUGAAACAUCGCCAGAGAUCCCAUUUCUUCCUGUUUUUGCGUCUAUGAAGCGGCUUAUGCGAUACAGCCUUGGUUCCAUGGCCCUUGGCUCAUUGUUUGUGUCCUUUGUGGAAUCAAUUCGUUUCAUUCUUGAGUCAAUUCGUCGUAAACUCAAAGUUGCUGGCACUACACCAGAUAGUUGGUUUGGAAAGAUGGGAUAUCACACUUCCCAAGGAUGUUGGAGAUGUGUUGAGUGGACAAUCAAAUCAGUCAAUCGCAAUGCUUAUAUAAUGAUUGCUAUAACAGGGAAAAGCUUCUGUAGGGCGUCUGCAAUUGCAACAGAAUUGAUCAUGAACAACAUCCUUCGAAUCGGGAGGGUGAAUGUUAUCGGAGAUGUUAUCCUAUUUCUUGGGAAGUUGUGUGUCAGCCUUUCAAGUGCUGUUUUUGGUUUCCUCAUGUUGGAUACCCACAAGUAUAGCUCUGGUCAUAACAAAAUAUCCUCCCCGCUGCUUCCUGUGCUGGUUUGUUGGGCUCUUGGUUAUGUAGUUGCAACUCUCUUCUUUGCUGUGGUGGAGAUGUCAAUCGAUACCAUAAUUCUUUCAUUCUGCCAGGAUUCGGAAGAGCACCAAGGGACAGCCCAAUAUGCACCUCCCCUUCUCAUUGAAACUCUCAAUGACCAAAAUGAGAUGCAGAGACUUACCCAAUGAUCUUAUUCCAUGUAUAAUGUUCCAUAGAAUUCAUGAAUCCUUAAUAUAUUAUAGUGCUUUUACAUUUUCAUUAUCGUUUCAUUUCUGGUUUCUUUCUGCAUAAAAUGUUUUGAUCCUUUCCUGUAUAUAGUUGAUGAUCAUGAACGUGAAAAUUUUUGGUCCUGAGGAAUAUAUCUGCUUCUCUUUAAUGUGUCA